GCGCUCCCGCGGCCGGAGCGGCGCGGGCGCGCGCACGCGGGAGGGAGCGGGCGGCGUCACGGCUGAGCGCAGCCGCGCGCUCCGGCCGCCGCGGGGAAGGCGGGGCGCCUCGCCGGCGGGAGAAUGACGCCGCGGACGUCACGGAGGGGAGGGUGACGUCACGGCCGGGCGCCGCCUAGGGGGCCGAGCGGCGGCGGGGCGGGACUUCCGGCGGCGGCGCGGCGCGGAACAGCAUGAGCCGGGGGGACCGAAACCCGGCAGCAGUGCCCCACGCCGCUGAGGACGUUCAGGGAGACGACCGGUGGAUGUCACAGCAUAACAGGUUUGUCUUGGACUGCAAAGACAAGGAGCCCGACGUGCUCUUCGUGGGCGACUCCAUGGUGCAGUUGCUACAGCAGUAUGAGAUAUGGCGAGAGCUCUUCUCCCCGCUGCAUGCUUUGAAUUUUGGGAUCGGUGGAGACACCACAGGACACGUUCUGUGGAGACUGAAGAACGGUGAACUGGAGAACAUUAAACCGAAGGUCAUUGUUGUUUGGGUUGGAACAAAUAACCACGAAAACACAGCAGAAGAAGUAGCAGGUGGAAUCGAGGCUAUCGUGCGCCUGAUAAACACCCAGCAGCCACAGGCCAAAGUUAUUGUACUGGGCCUGCUACCUCGUGGAGAGAAGCCAAACCCGCUGCGGCAGAAGAACGCCAAGGUGAACCAUCUGCUAAAAGCCUCGCUCCCCAAACUGCCCAACGUCCAGCUCCUGGACGUGGACGUCGGCUUCGUGCACUCGGAUGGCACCAUCUCCUACCACGACAUGUUUGAUUUCCUGCACCUGACGGGAGGGGGCUACGCCAAGAUCUGCAAACCCCUCCAUGAACUGAUCAUGCAGCUGCUGGAGGAGACCCCCGAGGAGAAACGAGCUGCCCUGGCCUGAGUCGCCAGCGCUCCCAGCAUCGCGCAGCCCAUCAGAUCAGUUCUGUCACUGGCACUACAGAAUCCUUCUUUCUUAAAGCACUUUCCAUUGUAGAAUGUUACCGGAUGUUCGUACCUAGUGUUUUGAGGGGGAAGGCUAACGUUUAACUGGUCUUGUACAUAGGAGGGCCGCCUCGGUUGGUUUUAUUGCAGGAGGAGAGUAGCUGAAGAAGAGUUUUACUUUUAAACCAUUCCUCAUUUAAACCGAGAACAGGACUGUCGCUCUGUGCCCCUCUCCCAUCCUGUUGCUCUGUGGUUGUCCUAGAACCCCCGUAGCCCGCCUGGCAGCCCGCGCCCAGCUCCCGCCUCCCCGCUCCUGCCUGUAGGGAUUGUGCUCUGGGCAGCAGCCCCUGCACAAGAAUCACAUUCCGCUUGCAAAAGCCAGAGCAGAUGCAUUUCUCCAAACUCGGUCCCGCCUUUUACAGGUUUUUUCGCUUGGUUUUUUUCCCGGGGGGGCUGACACGUGUUGCUUUCUCACUCCUCCUUGCUGAAGCAGCACGAAACUGCAAUUCAGAAAUGUAAAGAAACAAGUGGUUACCCGAACGCGUGUUAACACUCCCAGGUGCCUGUUCUUGGGCUCAUUUCACCGUGCCUGUAGCUGGGGCCCCUCUCCUCCCAGGUAGCUUUCCCCGGGGCGGGCUCGUUCAGGUCCUGCUGGCUGUCCUGUUCUCUGCUCCUGCCUGUGUGUGGUGUCGCUGGCUUUUAACAGUUGCUCAGUUUAGGAUUUUAAUUGUCCAGUAAACGCCGCACAAGGCAGUGGCUUCCUCGCUCCUCUAGAACCGACGGUUCGUUCCCCCCAGAUGCCUGUGCCACAGGGCUCUUUGCAGUGCUGUUUGUCAUUCUGGGUUUUUUCUUUUUUUUUUUUUAAAGUAUGACUGUUACGUCGUUUUUUUUCUAAAGGAAACCCAUAUGAAUAGCCCCUGCCCGCGAGGCCUAAAUCAGUCUGAAGCUUUACGGAUUCCGAGAUGUAUAUUUCUUUAUCGCUUCUGUUUUACUUGUACAAACAUUUCGCUUGAGCUACUGCAGCCUCCCACAGUAACAAGCGACGCCAAGCUGUAGCUUUUCCUGCCCCGGCCACCGCUCCUUGCCCCGGGGCGAGGGAGCCGAAGGGGCAGGUGCCCUACAGGGGCUGCAGUUCGGGGGGAUUUUGGUUUGGGUUUCUUGUUACUACGGCUGGUUGUAGCCUACUAACGAUCCUAUGAAAACAGCCCUGCCUUUAAAAGCAAAAGCUUCUCGUUUUCAGAAGGAAACCGGUUGGGACCCGAAAGGCAGAGCCCUAGAAGAAGAGCUAACCGUACUCGCAGAUACUUGUAAACAAAGUCUGUUCCUCCCCGGCUUACCUGCGGGGGCUGGAGCUCGGCGGUGCCGCCCGCACCGCGCCGUGGCUCGUGCUCGUCCCGGCGGGUAAAUCGCGGAGGAACGGAUCGCUUCUCAGCGGGCACUCCAUCCCGUGUUCCCAGUGAGGGGCCUUUAGGUGUCCAGGUGGCUUGCUGUGCCCUGCUGCAAUGAAGUACGUAGGUACUGUAUAUAGUCUGUCUGCCCUUUUUUAUAAUAAAGGGUGCUGGUGUUUAAUGCAGUCUAUAACCUAGCAUUAAGGAAUACUUUACUCGUCCCACUGCAUUCCCCUCUUCCUGUAGAUUUGAUCAUAGCAGGAUUUCUGCCUGGAUUGCAUGCGUAGUGUGUGUUUUGUUUCCAGUAUAUGUGAUCUACACACAGAUGAAGGAAAGACGAGGCGUUCCACUUGCCAGGAGCAGGAGUAGGGAGUUCUGGAGGGCCGCGGUAGAGGAGGGCUUGCGGCCCUAGCCCCCGGAGCAGAGCGGGGCCGCGCUGCCUCGCAGGAGGGGCUGGGAGGGACCCCCGCUCCGGCGCUCGCUGCAGUAGCUGGGGCAAGGGCGAGUGGAAAAUCAGACGUUAAAAAACCACCGCGGUGGAGGAUUCCUGGGGAAGGGACUUCCCCCAGCCCCCGCGCACCCCCGAGGGAGACGGGCUAAAACACGCUCUGCUCCCUGGGCGCUUCCCAGGCUUCUAGGCUUGUGUGAAGAGGCAGUGUGCUGGUUUAAGCUAUGCAUCCCUGCUUCCCUCCCCGCCGUCGCUGCGCUUGGUUAAGGAGAUGCCGACCGGGAACGAACGCUCCAGUAAAACCCUCUGGCUUCCCAGGUCGGCGCCCGCGCGGUGAGUCAGCCCCGCGUGGCAGCGGGCUGAGAGGUCUGGCCGGCUCCCGAGCCGCCCGCGACGUGACCGGGGACGGCUCUGCCUGGGCUUGGCUUGCUAAGGUGCCACGCUCCGCUCGGUUCAGCGCUCACGGCCCUUCUCUGCCACCUCCGAUGCUGCUGGCACUGCCUAGAGGGAGCGAGCGCAGCUUCCCCUCGGCCCAGGCUUUUGCUCUGCUUGUCGCUGCCGAGUAAGAACCCGCUCUCGGCCGUGAGGUUUUGGGGCAGGGUUUCUCCCUCCUUGCUGCCCUAGUACCAAAAACCCAGCGCCUCGUUGCGAGAUGGGUGGAAAAGCUUCGGUCCCGGCUCCGGGCGACUGACGUCCCGGGGGGUUGGGGCUGGGCUGCCCCUGCCCAGCCGGGGGGAACCCGGGGGCCUCUCCCCUCCGUCGAGAGCCUGGGCGUGCUUGUCAGCGCUGGCCGAGCCCGCCGUCUGCCUGUGUCAGCGUUGCCACUUUGGUGUCUACCGCAGCAGAGAGAAAAACAAAAAAGAUGUGAAAGGACGGAAAGAGUCUCUGGAAACUUGCCGGGGGGACGGGAGGACUGACCAUACGCCCCGUGUGUGGAAGGAGCUGCCCUCCCUGCCUGCCUGGAGGCACUGCCCUCACCGCCCCGAACCUUCCCCGGGACACAAAAAUUGUGAUUCUGCUUUGGCAAAAAUGCAUCGGCCGGUAGAGCUCGCUCUGUUAGUGCGUGUUUCGAUAUAAAUGUCACUGUUUCACCCCACCGUGUCGCAGCGUGUGUGUGUGUGUGUGCGCGCCCAGGCGCCGGCGUCUCCCCUUCCCUCUCUGUGUCGGUGACUCGUUCUGCUUCGUCUCUGCCGGGGCCGGGGAGGCGGCUGGGGGUUACCCACCGCCCGCACUCGCAGCUCCUCAGUUCAUACCUGUCCUCCUCCCCGCUCUGCCGGCGGGCCGCGCGGCGUUCGCUUCUCCUGUCCUCGCACCGCGCAGCGCUUGCUUAGGUCCUGUGCCCGAAGACGUGAGCGCGGUUCGGCGCACGGGGGGGGAGCUGGUAUUUUGGCCCCCGACGGGCCCCCGGCCUGUGUUUGAUUCCUCGGGGAUUUCUUUGGAAUCGCCCCGAAACAAGCGGGGAACGCGCGGCGCCACUCACGGUCACCCCGGCGGGGGCGACGCGCCCGCUCCAGCAGCAGCUUCGCAGUCGGUUGGAGUUCUGCUUCCAGCUCCUGCAUGGGCGGCCGUCUGUCCCCGAGCAAGUCGUUCCAUCCGCUGUCGGCGUCACCGCCCGUGACCUGGAAGCAACGUGCAGACUGUCUGAAAAGUGCUUUGGGAUCCUCGCUGAGAGGACCUAUAGAAAUAAAGUGCACAAUAGCAGCA